CAUAGAUGCAGGUGGGCGUGGGCUAGUCUUCCGGGGGAAAUCGCCUGAGGGAGCUGUUUGUUUUGGUUGUAGCCCGGUGGAGAUCCCGAGGGGCUCAAAGAAGCCUCCAGAAAAUAAGAGAGCCCGAUCCUUGGACCGGCAGGUUCCCAAGAAGGAGCCCGCGUCCUCGAACUCCGGGCGCCCCUCCAGCGCCACCUGCAGGAGGACAGCCAGCGAUGGUGGCAGAAGCUCUGAGAGCCCAUCUCCCUUUGCAGAGGCCCAGGGCGCAGCGGCCGCAGCCCUCCCUCCGGGAGAGGGGCGCAGAUUUGUCCCCAGUGAGCAGGGGCCCCCAGAAGACACCAAGAAAGAGAGGCCUCCGAGGGAGGCCCAGCAGAGCUGGUUUAGGGUAGUGCUGAAUCUCUUACUCAUGAGGAUAGAGGAGCCCAGAGAAAAAGCCAGUAGGGCGUCAAAGGGGAAAGGGGACUUACCAGAAGCAGCCGAGGAGCCAGCCCUCAGGAAGAAAUCCCAAGAGAAGAAGACAAGCCGCAAGAAACACAGUCACAGGAAGCCUAUAGCCGAAGAGCCGCCUGGGCCCCAGCCCGCAGCAGCACAAGGCCAAGAGGACAUGCCGCCCAGUUUGGCUGCCCCACGCGCCCCCGAGGAGGCAAACCUGGGGCUGAUCUGCAGGGGGGGACCAGACUCUGACCUCCCUCAGGCUUUGCCCGCUGAAAGAGGCCAUGCUGAAACCCCAGAGAGCUCUGGCCAAGCCGCAGGUCCUCCAUCAGAAGAGAUCCCCAGGAAGCCCGACCAGGAUGACGUCAUCCGGCAGCUCGUGGAACUGAUCAAGAAAGCUGGAGACCAACUGGAAGAAGAGGUGAGGCGCAGGCAUCAGAGAGCGCCUGCAGAGCUGCUGCGGCUCCCGCAAGCGCAAGUCCCUCAGCCAGAAGCGGUGCCUCCACAAAAGCCCACGCCACCCCCCAGGAAGAAAUCGCAGGAGAAGAAGUCCGGCCUGAAGAGAGCCUUGUCCCUCAAGAGGCUUGCCUCCGAGGAACCCAAGAGAGUCGGCCCAGCCACUCCCCUGGGCUCGGAAACGCGGCCCAAGAGGCCCAGCUUCCUACCCCUGUGCGUCAGCAGCCAGCGAACUUCCACCUCCAGCAUCCCUGACUCGGAGGAGCCCGAGUUCCAUGAGGCCCGGUCUGCAGAGGGUGGAGGCUCCCGUCCCUCUGAGCUUCACACACCAGCCGCCAUAUUUCAGGGGCCCGAGGAGAAACCACUGCUGGACAGAGCCUCGGAAUCCAGAGAAUUCAGGCGUAAGAUCCUGGCCCUACUCAAUGCAGAGGAAGAGAUGGGAGAGCAGCACGCUCAAGUGCAGGAGGCAGAGGAGGCGGGAGAAAGCCCUGCCCCAGCCGUCAAGGUGAAGUCCCAGGUGAAGAAGUCUAACGUCCGGAGAGCCUUUUCUCUCAGGAAACACAGCUCCAAGGAUUCUAAGAGAACGGAGGCUUCAGGAAUUCCAGGCCCUGGCAGCCCGGAGGCCCGGCCAUCCAAGAAGCACGGCUUCCUGCCCACGUGUGUCAGUGGCCACAGAGCUUCCAUCUCCAGCAGCCCAGAAAGCCUCGAGUUCCAGAAGAUGGAAGCUGCAGGAGUGGGACCAGCUGGGUCCCCAGAAGCGCCUUUCCAGGCCAGAAGUCACACACCAGUUGAGGGGCCUUCGCCAGAGAGAGCCCGGGAAUCUAAGGAGUUCAUGAUCCAGAGGCUGGUGGACAGUCUCCAAGAGGUGGACAGCGAGCUGGGGAGGCAGAUCCGGAAGUACCCCAGCUUCAAGCGGUUUUUUAAUGAGUUCUCAGACGCCUCCCUCAGGAAGCUGGUGGCCACCUUAGACAGUCGGAAGGCCCGCCUCUCGGAGGAAGGCAGGAGCCUCACCAACAGGCCACCACCACCGUGUGCCUUUGGCACGCUGAACAAGUUUGCUGCCAACCGCAGCUGCACCAUCUGCACCCUUAUGCAGUCCAGUGGCGAAUACAAGGGACACAGUUACGCCCACUUCCUGUCCAGGAAGGCCCAGCAGGACAUCACGGAUCUGGAUACCCAGAGUCCAGACUGAAAGCCACAUCUCAUACACAAGUUCUUUCCGAGUAGCCAAUGGUCAGCAGCUUUGGCCCGGAGACCCUGAAGACCCCGCAGGAUGGCCCUGUUUUGGGCUUCCCAAAUGUCCCUGAGACAAGAACGGACCGCGGACAGUCCUCUGUUCGCUCAGCACUGUCUGGGAACAUUUUCUUCCCUGAAGCCUGACCCUGAAGCUGUGCUAGGGGUCAGCACUGAAAUGGGGUUAGGAGGUCAGGCUCCAUCCAGUGAACCUGAAGAGAGGCGUUCCCCUCUACUCCCCCAGCCCCCAGCCCCCAACUCCCUCAUCUCUUCAUCAUGACUGACACCUGCCAGAUCCAUGAGUCUUAGUUGGGGUGUGUGUGUGUGUGUGUGUGUGUGUGUGUCUGUGCCUAUCUGCCUGCCUGCUUGCCUGUCUGUCUGUCUGUCUGUCUGUCUGUCUGUGUCACUGGGUGGAUUGAGGGAGUGUAGGUCAGUGUCCUGACUCCAGUUCGAUCUACCUUGUUUUUUGAGACUCACCCAAGCAGGCUUGUCUAAGGUUGAGAGUCAGAGGGAUCUGCCUGGUUCUGCCUCUCUGGCGCUGAUAUCACAGACAUCUGCCACCACACCCUGCCAUAAAUGAGUCUUCAGUUUUUUGGUUUCUUUGUUUUUUGUUGUUUGUUUUUGUUUUUGUUUUUG